AUGGCGGGCCUGCUCUUUGUCUAUACUCGCUCGUCAAUCCACGCUGCCAAACGGAAUGCCGAACGUCACAGAGUGGCAGAUGGAGGUCAGAUCAGCUGGUACAAUGAGAGCCAGCGGCGUCAUGGAGCUUUGGAAAAGCCUGAGGAGCAAGAGUCGAUCGUACAGUUGAUCGCAGGUACACAGGACAAGACAGGGAAGAUAGCGGGAAAAGGUAUUCGGCAAUCCCCUGAGAAGGAAGUGCUGAGCGCGAGGAAAGGCAAGCGAGACAAUGGUGGAUGA